ACAAAUACCAAAAUAGGUUGUGAGCCGCCAGCGACCGUCCUGCAGGAGCUAUAUUGAGGGUCCUGUGCGCGUGUGUUUGUGUGUGUGUUUAAAGAUGGACGAGGACAGAGGCGAGUGUCCUUGUGGAGCAGCAGCCCCGCUCCUCCAUGGACCUAGAAUUAAAGGCAACGUGAUGUCACAGAGAAAAAAUGAUCUCUACACGUUUGACUUCUCUGACGGAGACCAUCCAGCUCAGGUCCUGGAUUCUCUCAGGCACUUCUACACCAACGGCCUGUUCACAGACGUUUCCCUCCAGUGUGCUGGUUCUGGACAGGUGUUUCACUGCCACAGGGUGCUGCUGUCGGCCCGCAGCUCUUACUUUAGAGUCAUGUUCACAGCGGACAUGAGGGAGAGGUCGAACAGCAGCAUCACACUGAUCGGAGUGGACGGUGAGGUUCUGGGAGCUCUGGUCAACUACGUGUACACGGCUCACAUCUGCAUCACUGAGAGCAACGUGCAGAGACUGCUGGAGGCCGCCGACCUCCUGCAGUUCUGUUCGGUCAAACGGGCCUGUGAGGAGUUCCUCAUCCGGCUCCUGGAUGUGGACAACUGCCUAGGCAUGCACGCCUUUGCCCAGCUGCACAUUUGUCCUGGACUGGAGCGGGAGGCGAGGAGAAUGAUUUUGAGCAGAUUUAAAGAGCUCGUACAACAAGAAGAGUUUCUAGAGUUGGACCAAGACAGGAUGAGACUGGUUCUGGUUUGCCAAAGCACGACUCUUCAGAAGGACGAUGUUCUGAUUGAUGCCGUGGCCAAAUGGGUGGCUCACGACUUCAAGAAUCGUCUCCACCAUGUUGUUGACAUGCUGCAUUCCGUUCACCUGGACUUGGAUGAAACUUAUUUCAAGGCUGCUUUAGAGGUGCACAAGCAAAGCUUCUGGAGGAGUGAGGUGAAAUUCAAAUCUGUGAUAGCUAAGGCUCUAAGAUCAGAUAAGAAGGAGACUUUGUCUAGCAGAAAAACAUCUUCCAGUAUGUACAUCAUUGGUGGAUACUACUGGCACCCUCUCUGUGACGUUCACAUCUGGGAUCCCACCAGCAACACCUGGGUGCAGGGCAAGUCCAUGCCUGAUCAUACAAGAGAGAGUUACAGCAUCACUGCACUUGGAGCAAAUAUAUAUGUAACUGGAGGUUACAGAACCAACACGGUGGAGGCCCUGGACGAUGUUUGGAUUUAUAACUGUGACUAUGACGAAUGGACCGAGGGCUGCCCCAUGAUUACAGCCAGGUACUACCAUUGCUCUGUGGCUCUGCACGGCUGUAUUUAUGCCAUCGGAGGCUACAGAGGAGGAGCUCCAGAGCGAGACGCUGAGUUUUAUGACCCGUUGAAGAAGAAAUGGUUUCCUGUGGCCAAGAUGAUUCAAGGUGUAGGUAAUGCCAGCGCCUGUGUAGUGGGGGAGAACAUUUACGUAACUGGAGGUCACUAUGGAUACAGAGGGAGCUCCACCUAUGAAAAAAUCCAGGUGUACACUCCAGACGUCAAUGAGUGGAGUAUCAUCACAGUCAGCCCACAUCCAGAGUAUGGACUGUGCACAGUGGCUCUCAACAACAAGCUGUAUUUGGUGGGCGGACAAACAACGAUGGCAGACUGCUACGACACAGAAAGAGACGAGUGGAGACCGAUAUCUGUGAUGAAGGAGAUGAGGAUGGAGUGUGGGGCUGUGGUGAUCAAUGGCUGUAUCUAUGUUACAGGAGGAUACUCGUACUCAAAGGGAACUUACCUGGAGAGCAUUGAGAAGUAUGACCCCGAACUGGACUCGUGGCAAAUAGUGGGGACACUUCCCAGCGCUAGCAGAUCACACGGGUGCAUUAGUGUUCACGGUGUUUAGUGUUGAGUUGAACGCUUUUUAUUUAAUGAUAUUUGUGCCAAAUGGAUACAGACUGUGAGCUGUACUGUGCUCUCAAAGGAUGCCAAGCUAUUAUGUUUUACACUGGGCCACUUUGGAGAACUACACUUUUGCCAAACAUGAAGUACAACUGUACGACCUCACUUAAAUCAUGUUAGAUUUCCAUAGUGGGUUUUUAAAAAUAUUUAUAAUAAUUUAUAGAUUAUUAUUCUAAUUUAGUUUAAUUCAAGCAGAUAGUCUGAUUAAACAUAAAUUAUGUUUUAAUGGAAACCUAAAUUCUGUAUAUAUUUAACAGUCAAAAUGCCUUGGCUGUUUUGGUGACAUUAUGAAACUCAGGCAGCUUAGUCAUGGAAACAGGACAGGAACUCUCCUGACAAUUCACCAGUUUAUAAAUUAAAGAUCAAUAUCUGUAGAGAGAGUUUUUUUGGGAAGUACAGACACAAUAUUUUACUUCCUGCAGCUGCUUCAAAAAUAAUUUAUUUAGAGGAAUAUGUUAAAUAUGAAUUUACAUAUAUUACAUAGUGUGUAUUAUUACAAUAUGAGGUUAUUCAUACUGGUGUAAUAUGUAAGCUAAUUUACGAAUAACUGCAGAAGAAUAUUUAGAUACAUUUUAUGAGUAAUGAUCAGAGUAAAAAAUGCCUUUUUGCAAAUUAGCCAUUUACCGGUGGUAUUAGAGCCCUUUAGCGAACAAAAGUUGAACAUCAUGUGAAACUUCGUACAGUAUUAUGCGUUGACUAGAAGGCUUCGUACACAAAUACAUACAUAGAGAUUAUUUGUUCACGUAAAAUAUGUAAUACCAGCUAGAGCCUAAAUUUAGAUGCUAUUUUUUGGUGUAUCGACAAACCAGCUUUUGCAAGGACAGAGUUGGCCAUUUUUGAUAAUCAUUUAUUCUGGUGUAUUAUUUAUGAUUGUUAAGAGCUAAGAUUUCACUGAGAAAAAACAAUGGUACUGUUGGAAUGUGUGAAAAUCAUUUCAUAGAUUUUUUUUAAUGCCUAUACCUAAAUCAAUGAACAAAGGGUUAUAUACAUUUAACAAAAGUAUUUCUAUACUUUUAUGGAAUUUUUCUGAAGUAAUUUACUAGCAUUGCUUAUUAAUUUUUUUCUUUUCUUUUCUUUUUUUUUCUUUUUUUCUCGGAUCCAUUAAAAUACCAUUUUAACAUGCACAUGUGUUUGUUUUCUUCUAAAAAUAGAGCCCUGUUAAUGAAACGUCAGCAACAUAAAUUAUACCCUAAAUGUUGAUAUGUUGAUAUGAAUAUAAUAUUUUGUGAAUUUGUGAAUGCCUCCCGCAGGUUGUUUGUAUAAUUAAGCGUUUUGGUAACUGAGACAUGUUGUGACAAUAGACCAAGUAUCUGAUUAAUCAAAAUUUUAUCG